AUGCCCCUCAAUAACAUAUUGGAGGUUGAAAACUUCUAUGUAUGGGGAAUAGACUUCAUGGGACCCUUUCCUCCUUCAUAUGGCAACAAAUACAUCCUCGUUGCGGUUGAUUACGUCUCCAAAUGGGUUGAAGUUGUUGCCCUUCUUACUGAUGAUGCUUGGGUGGUCAUUGCAUUCUUAAAAAGAAAUAUAUUCGUUCGAUAUGGAGUACCACAAGCAAUCAUAAGUGACGGAAGAACUCACUUUGACAACAGACAAGUAGAAUACGUACUGGCUAAAUGUGGCGUGAAGCAUAAGAUUGCAACACCAUAUCAUCCGCAAACAAGUGGUCAAGUAGAGAUUUCCAACCGAGAGCUAAAGCGUAUCUUGGAGAAAACAUUGGGAAGCUCUAGAAAAGAUUGGUCCAAGAAGCUUGAUGAUGCACUGUGGGCAUACCGGACUGCCUUUAAGACACCAAUAGCAGUUGAGAAAAGAUUGCUUCAACUGGAUGAGCUCGACGAGUUCAGAGUAUCUGCGUACGAGAGUGCAAGUCUGUACAAAGAGAAGACGAAGAAGUGGCAUGACAAGAAGAUCCUGCCUCGAGACUUUAAGGUGGGAAAUCAGGUAUUACUUUCUAACUCUCGUCUUCACCUCUUUCCUGAGAAACUAAAGUCCCGAUGGUCGGGACCAUUCAUCGUAAGGAACAUGAAAUCAUAUGGAGCAGUGGAGAUCAGUCCGCUGGAUUCUGAUAGGAGCAUCGCAAUGAAUGGUCAACGACUGAAACUAUACAUGGGAGGAGAAAUAGACAGGGGAACAACCAUUGUUGCCCUUGUAGAGGUAACUUGA